CCGUCCACCGUAAGGCCGUCUUGCGGUCCAUGUCGCUUUGGCAGCUCAGCCAUCAGAGCCAGCCAGAUCUGGAUGGGCCUGGACAGCACUUGGGGCGGGGCCGAGUUCGGAGGCGGGGAGCGCAGUCCGGGCGGAGCCGGCGAGGCCUAGCAGGGCGGAAUGGGCGUGGUCUCGGGGGCCCCGCCCCGUCCCGCUUAGACAAUGCCCGGGAGCCGCCAGACCGUCGCGCCCCCGCCCCACCGCAGUUCUUGAGCUCGCCUACCCCGAGACCCCUCAAAAGCCGAGAGGUCCAGUCCCCGAGGCUUGAAGACUAGGACUCCCUUCUCCAACCAACUCUGUCCUCAGGGGGGUGGGGCCCAGCCAAGAUCACAGAGCGCAGGAGUCCCGGUAGCCGCGGGAGGUAAGUCUAGGGAUUGGAGAUGUCCCCUGGACCGUGUGGAGGGCUGGAGUUUGAGGGUGCCGAGCCCGUGCCCGCAGUGGACAAGAGUGCAGGAGGCCAAAAUUUGGAUGCGGAGCUGAGCGGGGUAGACUUUGGGGAAGAUGAACCAGGAGACCGGGUCCUGGAGCCGGGAGUGGCGCCCGCUCCCUGGGACCACGCCCCCGGUUUCCCCGCCCCUUGGAUUUCGUUUUAGACCUCUCCCAGUCCUCCGGGACUCGGUCUGGUUUAUACUGGGUCGCGCUAGAGGCAGCGCGGCCGGCCGGGGUGGAGAGAGGAUGUUUAACUCCUUAGAUUCUAAUUCCUCGUUGCCCCUCUUUGCCUCUCGGGUUCGGGCGUUCAGGACUUCCAUCUUCCAGACCCCGACCCUCUCCGCAGCUGUCUCCUCCUGGCCCAUAACCCCUUCGGGUCCCUCGCCACACUUCAGGUCCCUACAGCAGCGAGCAGCUAAGGGUUAAGGGGGCGGGGCCGUUGCAUUUUUGGGGAGUGAGCGCAUCCUAGCGGCUGCCAAGAGGGGCGCCUAGCAGGGACCUCGCGAAGCCCCCGAACAGGGGGCAACAGGUGUUUUGAAGAUUAGGGGUCCCGAUCUUGUUCCUCAGACUACAUCCAAAGAAGCCGACUCAGAAGGGUGCAGGGUGGAAUGGGGUCGGCAGGAAAGGAAGACAGGUGAAGUAAAAGAGAAAACUAGAGAAAUCAGCGUGGCCGGAGGGGGAGACUGUGGAUGGGAUGGGGACGCCAGGGGAGGGGCUGGGCCGCUGCUCCCAUGCCCUGAUCCGGGGGGUCCCGGAGAGCCUGGCUUCGGGGGAAGGUGCGGGGGCUGGCCUCCCGGCUCUGGACCUGGCUAAAGCUCAGAGGGAGCACGGGGUGCUGGGGGGUAAACUGAGGCAGCGAUUGGGGCUGCAGCUGCUAGAACUGCCUCCUGAAGAGUCGCUGCCGCUGGGACCGCUGCUUGGUGACACCGCCGUGAUCCAAGGGGACACGGCCCUAAUCACGCGGCCCUGGAGCCCCGCCCGCAGGCCGGAGGUCGAUGGAGUCCGCAAAGCCCUUCAGGACCUUGGGCUCCGGAUUGUGGAGAUGGGGGAUGAGAACGCGACUCUGGAUGGCACUGAUGUUCUCUUUACCGGCCGGGAGUUCUUCGUAGGCCUCUCCAAGUGGACCAACCACCGAGGAGCUGAGAUCGUGGCAGACACGUUCCGGGACUUCGCUGUCUCCACUGUGCCGGUCUCGAGCCCCUGCCACCUCCGCAGCCUCUGCGGCAUGGGGGGGCCCCGCACUGUGGUGGCCGGUAGCAGCGACGCAGCCCAAAAGGCUGUCAGGGCGAUGGCAGUGUUGACGGACCACCCCUAUGCGUCCCUGACCCUCCCAGAUGACGCGGCUGCUGACUGUCUCUUUCUACGUCCAGGACUGCCCGGUGUGCCCCCUUUCCUGCUGCACCGUGGAGGUGGGGACCUGCCCAAUAGCCAAGAGGCACUGCAGAAGCUCUCUGACGUCACCCUGGUACCUGUGUCCUGCUCAGAACUGGAGAAGGCAGGCGCCGGUCUUAGCUCCCUUUGCCUGGUGCUCAGCACACGCCCCCACAGCUGAGGGCCUGGCCUCAGGGUCCUGGCUGGCCAUGGGUAGGGCAGCAGAGGGAGUAGAAGGGGAAGGAAGCUUAGAUAGAGGACAGGGAAUAGGUAGUAGUGGGGAGAGGGCCCCAGGAUUGGGGGAGGGAGGGCUUAGUGUGGGAAAAAGGAAUAGAGUCCACUGGGUGAGUCCUCUUCCUCAGAACUAAUAAAACAACUGACCUUUUAGACUGG